CUCCCUUUCACGAAGAUGGUGCCAAAGGUGAAGAAGGAAGCCCUUGCCCCUCCCAAAGCCAAAGCAAAAGCUUUGAAAGCUAAGAAAGCGGAGCUGAAAGGCAUGCACAGUCACAAAAAAAAGAAGAUCCGCAGGUCACCUACACUCCAACGACCCAAGACCCUGAGUCUCCGAAGGCAGCCCAAAUAUCCUCAAAAGAGCGCCCCCAGGAGAAACAAGCUUGAUCACUAUGCCAUCAUCAAGUUCCCCUUGACUACUGAGUCAGCCAUGAAGAAAACAGAAGACAACACACUUGUGUUCAUUGUGGAUGUCAAGGCCAAUAAGCACCAGGCUGUGAAGAAGCUCUAUGACAUUGAUGUGGCCAAGGUCAACACCUUAAUCAGGCCUGAUGGAGAGAAGAAAGCAUAUGUUCGACUGGCUCCUGACUAUGAUGCUUUGGAUGUUGCCAACAAAAUUGGGAUCAUCUAAACUGAGUCCAGCCAG